CCCACAUCGGCAACCCUAUUCUACAUAUAUAUAUAUUUAUAAUAUACUCAAUAUCCAGAAGAUGAUAUCCUUCCAAACCGCCCGCCUCGACAUCCGCCCCCUCGUCCUCUCAGACGCGGAGGAUGUCUUCGAGAUGCGACGCGAUCCGGAGGUUGCGAAAUGGGGGUCAAGCGGAACACCGGAUUUGAGUAUCUCUCAGACGAUAGAUUGGAUGGUAUCUCGCUCUCUGGGGUCUGAUGUCGACGAUACUACGAUAACACCGAAGAAAAAGAAGUCUGGUCCGAAUGUCAUAUUCGCUGUUCGUGAACUACAGCCCAGUGUGGCCUUUCCUGGGGGGAAGGUCAUCGGGACCAUGGGGAUUAAGCAGUUGGGGAUACCCUUGGAUCCGGCGGGCUCGAAUCGGGUACGCUGGGAGCUGGGGUAUGGGUUUCAUGCUGGGGCGUGGGGGAAGGGGUAUGCGACUGAGGCUGCGAGGGGAGUGUUGGGUCAUUUUGGGGAGAUUAGACGGGCUUUAGAAGGGCAGGGGCAGGGGUAUGAGGCUGUUGCUGUUGUAGAGGGGUUGUGGGCUGCUACUGCGGAGGAGAAUUUAGGGAGUCAGGCGGUGCUGAGGAAGUGUGGGUUUGAGUUUGUUGGGAAGUUUGUAGAUGACCUUGGGAGGAAGAAUUUGGAUUUUCAGGUAUUGGUUUGAAGAAUAUGUUUCAUGAUUGGUAGAUGUACAUGUCGAGGGCAAGGGCUGCCAGGUUAUAUAUGUGUAUACUGUACCUGUCUAGAUGUUAUGUAUAUAGUUAGUUUAGGGGAGAAUGGGCGGUUUCCUUGCGGCGAGGACGGAUUCGAAUUCCUGCGCGAGGGCUAACAGUUCCUGGUCUUUCCAGGGUUGGCCCAUUAGUUCGAUGCCGAUGGGGAUGCCCAGCGGUGCGGAGGGCGUCUCGGGACUGAAUCCUGCUGUAAAGAUAUGAGCACUUGACUGUCUAGUAUCUAGCCAGGCAUUCACUAUAAAGGCGCAUUGAUAU